CCCCUCGCCGACGCCGCGUUCAACAAAGAGCAGCUCUUCCCGCCUUUCCCCUCUGAGGCAAAGGCUCCCCUCACGUGAGGCGCGGCUCCUGCCUGGCAGCGGAGGAGCUCCCGGCGGCCGCAACGGCAGCGCCGGCGCUUGAGGGGGCCGGCCGAGGAAAGAGAGGCGGAGGUGUGGGGGAAAGAGCCGCAAACUCUUCCCGCCGCCGCUGCCGCGGCUGCUAACGCGGGUGGGCGGGGAAGGAGGGCGGCGGCGUCCGUGUGAGGCUCGGCACGGCGGGACCCGGCCGGGGAGCGAGUUGCCAUGCCCACCAACUUCACGGUGGUGCCCGUGGAGGCGCCCGGGGGCGGCGGCGGCGAAGAGGGCCCCGGCGCCCAAGCGGGGCAGCAGCCGGAGCACGCGGCGGAGGAGCCGGGCGGGGGGACCCUCGGGCGGCCGCAAGAAGCGCCCCUCGAGAAUGGCCGCGUGGAGCCCGGGAGCCGAGGUGAUGGGAUUCCAAGGGAAAGCAGCCCAUUUAUCAAUAAUGACAGCAUGGAGAGAGGAAACAUUUACGAAGGGAAAAAUAUGGCUCUUUUUGAGGAAGAAAUGGAUAGCAACCCCAUGGUAUCAUCUCUUCUUAAUAAGCUAGCCAACUAUACCAAUGUUACUCAAGGAGUGGUAGAACAUGAAGAAGAUGAAGAUAGCAAACGUAAGGAAAUAAAGGCUCCACGUAUGGGCACUUUCAUUGGUGUGUAUCUGCCCUGUCUACAGAACAUUUUAGGAGUUAUCCUAUUCCUGCGACUGACAUGGAUUGUGGGAACAGCAGGAGUUCUUGAAUCUUUCAUCAUUGUAUUCAUGUGCUGUUCUGGUACUCUGCUAACUGCAAUAUCAAUGAGUGCAAUAGCAACAAAUGGUGUAGUUCCAGCUGGUGGCUCAUACUACAUGAUCUCAAGAUCAUUAGGGCCGGAAUUCGGUGGAGCUGUGGGAAUCUGUUUUUACUUGGGCACAACUUUUGCAGGGGCUAUGUAUAUUCUUGGCACAAUUGAAAUUCUACUGAAAUACAUUUCCCCCAAUGCUGCUAUUUUUGAAGGUGGUGAGGAAGCCAUGUUAAACAACAUGAGAGUUUAUGGGACAUGCAUCCUUGCUCUGAUGGCCCUCGUUGUUUUUGUGGGCGUCAAAUACGUCAAUAAGCUUGCCCUCGUCUUUUUGGCUUGUGUAAUUCUUUCAAUUUUUGCCAUUUAUGCUGGGGUUAUUAAAACUGCUUUUGAACCACCAGUCUUUCCCGUUUGCCUGCUUGGAAAUCGUACAUUAGUAAGAGGUACUGAAUUUCCUUGUGUCAAAUAUUAUGAAGAAAACAAUAUGACAGUGACUACCAAGCUGUGGGAAAAUUUCUGCGGUAGCCCACUGUUAAAUGCCUCCUGUGAUGAAUAUUUCAUUCUAAACAACGUCACAGAAAUUCAGGGGAUUCCAGGAGUCGCAAGCGGAGUCUUACUUGAUAAUUUGUGGAGUGUAUAUGGAGACAAAUUCGCAAUUGUGGAGAAACAGGAUCAGCCAUCAGUUCCUGUUUUAGAAGAGACAGAUGCAAAAAUUAAAUUCUAUGUGUAUUCGGAUAUCAUGACCUAUUUCACCAUGCUAGUAGGAAUUUAUUUUCCAUCUGUGACAGGCAUUAUGGCAGGUUCAAACAGGUCAGGGGAUCUUCGGGAUGCUCAAAAAGCUAUUCCAACUGGAACAAUUAUGGCCAUUUUAACAACAUCAUUUAUCUAUUUGUCCUGCAUAGUACUUUUUGGAGCCUGUAUAGAAGGAGUCGUCUUGAGAGACAAAUUUGGACAAGCAGUUAAUGGAAACCUGGUGAUUGGUACGUUGGCAUGGCCCUCUCCGUGGGUCAUUGUGAUUGGCUCAUUCUUUUCCACAUGUGGUGCUGGUCUCCAGAGCCUCACUGGUGCUCCCCGGCUGCUACAGGCAAUUGCAAGAGAUGGCAUAGUACCAUUUCUUCAAGUAUUUGGUCAUGGAAAAGCAAAUGGAGAACCGACAUGGGCUUUGCUUCUCACUGCGUUGAUUUGUGAGAUAGGGAUUCUCAUAGCUUCCCUGGACAGUGUAGCUCCAAUCCUUUCCAUGUUUUUCCUUAUGUGCUAUCUGUUUGUGAACUUGGCAUGUGCAGUUCAAACUCUGCUUCGUACACCAAAUUGGAGACCUCGUUUCAAGUAUUAUCACUGGACUCUCUCAUUCUUGGGGAUGAGUUUGUGCCUUGCCUUGAUGUUCAUUUGCUCUUGGUACUAUGCUUUGGUAGCCAUGCUAAUAGCAGGAUGCAUUUACAAAUACAUAGAAUAUAGAGGAGCUGAAAAAGAGUGGGGAGACGGAAUCCGGGGUUUGUCCUUGAAUGCUGCUCGUUAUGCCUUGCUUCGGGUUGAACAGGGUCCUCCUCAUACUAAAAACUGGAGGCCACAAGUCUUGGUUCUGCUGAACUUGGAUUCAGAGCAGGUGGUAAAACACCCACGGCUGCUUUCCUUCACCUCUCAAUUGAAAGCUGGGAAGGGACUGACCAUUGUGGGAUCUGUCCUUCCAGGAAUAUACUUGGAUAAAUUCACAGAAGCUCAAAGGGCUGAGGAGAAUAUUCGAUCAUUAAUGGGAGCAGAGAGGACCAAAGGAUUUUGCCAGAUUGUGGUAUCAUCCACUGUUAGAGAUGGAAUUUCCCAUUUGAUUCAAUCUGCUGGCCUUGGAGGGAUGAAGCAUAACACUGUCUUGAUGGCAUGGCCUCAGUCCUGGAAACAUACUGAUAAUCCUUUCUCUUGGAAAAACUUUGUUGACACUGUUCGAGAAACAACGGCUGCACAGCAAGCCCUUCUAGUUGCCAAAAAUAUAGACUCGUUCCCUACGAAUCAAGAGCGUUUUAGUGAGGGCAACAUAGAUGUUUGGUGGAUUGUUCAUGACGGAGGCAUGUUGAUGUUGCUUCCUUUCCUGCUGCGACAACACAAGGUUUGGAGAAAAUGUAAAAUGCGCAUCUUUACUGUAGCUCAAAUGGAUGACAAUAGUAUACAAAUGAAAAAGGAUCUCCAGAUGUUUUUGUACCAUCUUCGAAUUAAUGCUGAGGUCGAGGUUGUUGAAAUGUUUGAAAAUGAUAUUUCAGCAUUUACGUAUGAGAAGACCCUUGUGAUGGAACAGAGAUCUCAGAUGCUGAAGCAAAUGCAGCUUUCUAAAAAUGAAAGGGAAAGAGAGAUUCAGAGCAUCACUGACGAGUCUCGUGGCUCAAUCAGAAAGAAGAGCCGCUCUAGCCCACAAUGUAUUGGUCAAGAUGUAGACAAUCUGCUACCUAAUGACAUUCAGGAGGAAGAGGCUCAAUUAAUCCAUGAUAGGAACACGGCAUCCCGCUCAACAGGAAUGGUCAAAUCUCACACUGCUGUUGCUACACCAGACAAAAUACAAAUGACCUGGACAAAAGAAAAGCUUAUAUCCGAGAAGCAUAAAAAUAAAGAAGCUUGCCUGUCAAGCUACAAGGAUAUCUUCAGUAUGAAACCAGAAUGGGGAAAUCUGAACCAGUCGAAUGUGCGAAGGAUGCACACUGCCGUCAAGCUCAAUGGAGUUGUGCUAAACAAGUCACAACAUGCCCAACUGGUGUUACUGAACAUGCCUGGUCCUCCAAAAAACAGGCAUGGGGACGAAAAUUAUAUGGAGUUCUUGGAAGUUUUGACAGAAGGCUUGAACAGAGUGCUCUUGGUACGAGGAGGAGGUCGUGAAGUUAUCACCAUUUACUCCUAAUAAUUUUACUGAACACACCGAUAUUACUUCAUAUAACAUCUGUUUCUGGAAUUAAAUGUGGGACUUUGGCAAAUCUUGUUGGGACUAAUGACUUUUGCCCAGCCCUAUUUAUUGCAUACGAAAUAGAAUCAAACAGUUGAAUCCUCUCUUUUUUCUUUUAUAAAAUUAUGUAAGCAAAAUUAUUUCCUACAUAGAUCUCUAAAAUGUGUCUUUAUUGAAUAAAUGUAUUAUAUGCUUGUAUAUUUUUUUAAUGUAGAAAACUGGGAGACGAUAUUUUUUUGUUGUUCUGGGGAUUAGGGUGGGACACAGAGGGGCAUACUUUUUGCACAUAGCUCCUAGUAAAUACAAUAGCUGCUUCUUGGACAUAGGAACAGACUCCUAAGUUUGUACUACUUUUUAUAAUGAUGGUUUUUAAAAAAGAAAACGAGGAAAUGGGGCUUCCAGGAACCAUUUUAUAAGAGUCUGGCCUACAUAUUUUGUACCAUUGACCCUUCUAACUGGAAGCAGGUUCUGUCUCCUUACCAAGUCUCUGUGGUUCUGUAUUCAUUUUAAUCCACAACUCUGUGAAUUGUUUAGCAUUGUAUUUUAAUUAAAGAUCACUGGUUGAAUAAAAGUCCUUUGAUUUAGGAACCACAAUUUUGACUACUUGAAAGUGGCUGGCCCUUAUGAGUCCAGGCUUAAAUUGUUGCUGAAAGCUGAGUCUACCUUAAAAAGAUAAUACUUCACUUACAAAUACAGCAAGAUCUCAUCUUAUUUUUAGAGUGUUGUUUUGGAGUGUCUUGUUUUUAAGGUUUUGAACCCCAGCUCUUAGUUUCUAGGAAAGAAGAAAUCCACUAGAAUAAAUCAUUUAAGCCUUUGAAGUUACACGUGUCCAGCUGCUGUAGGGAAAUGGAAGACAUCAGAAUGCAAAAACUUGACAACUAAGAAUACUCUGCUCUUAAGCAAUGUUGACUGGACCCUAUAAAUUGCAAAAUAAAAGUCUAAAAUUCGUUCUCUAAUACACUUGCCGACCUAUAAGCUGCAUAGUACCCAUUUCAUUUAGUAGGCAGGGAGUGGCUGGAGUUUUGCUUCUUCCUCAAAUUUCUGGUAAACUCCUGACUUCACCAGAUCAACACAUGCCCAUUAUCAGUCCUCCAUCCUCUUGGGCAGUAGCAUGACUGUUCCACUUCCCUGACUUCCUGUACCAAAAGCAUAACUAUAUAUUACCACUCAAUAUUGGAAGGGGGCUCUUUUGAAGACCCAAAUGCGAAACUGAAAUAUUGUAAAUAAGAUAUUUUGUACAGAUGCAGGUAGAAUCAAGCAACUGAGAGUUAAAUACAGCAGCUGUUGAGUGCAAAAUAAGUGCACUUGGUAACAGCACCAGCAGUGUUGUUAAUAUUACUUAGUUAAAGUGAAAAUACUGGAAAUUUCACCAUGAGAAAAACCGUGUUUUUUAAUGACUUUGGGGGUUUGUUAGAGGGGGUGGAAAUGCAAAUAAAUAGAAUAUUGAAUUACUUAUUAGAUCAAACCUUUAUCACAUUUAAAAAUGUAUUGUGCAUAAGUUAGGUUGGCAUCCGUCUUGGGAGACUGGAAGAGUGUGCCUUCAAGGGUUAUGUCAAACAAUUGGAGAGUUACAGUGCCUGCUGUGUCUGUAGAGAUGAAUACAGGAGAGACAUGUUUUGUUGCAGCUGGGGCAGAUGAAGGCAUCCAGUUGAGAUGCGCCACAGAAUCUCUUCUUUCUGGGUUCCUCCCAGUGGUCAUUCCUCCUCUUGUCACUGCUGUGGAUUGUUUAAGAAAUGUAUUGUAUGUAAGUUACCCUUGCAUGAAAUUAGAACUGUUUGAUAUAUUGGUGAGAUUUUUCAAACAAUAACUGCAAAUAUAACCAUU